GUAGACACGAAACAAAUUAUUGGUAUCUUAUGCCCCACAUUGGUGUUAAAAUGAAAUCAUUAUGGGCCAAUCUCUUACUUUGUCAUUUUCAUAACAACAAUAAUAAUAUUUUGAAGAUUUUUAAAAAUAACGAGGGGUGGUUUGGAAGAAAAUAAUCAUAGAAUCCGGCACAAAAACAAAUGAAUGAAAGCACCUUCUCAACGGCUACCCUCAAAAGCAAAACAAAGAAAAUUGGAGGGAGAGAUGGUAGCUUCCAUUUCUUAACCAAACCAAACACAGCCCACCAUUUCCCAUCGAAAGGUAAGCAAGCAAUACCAACUUUUUCCUCUCAUCUGCUUUUUCUUUUCCUUCAAGUACAUCUUUCUUUCUCUCUCUCUCUAUCCAAAAUAGGGUUGUUGGAAAUAUGUUGUUGAGUAUUCUCUAAAUUUAACUUCACUUGCUCCAUACGUACACUUGAGGAGAUUACUGUACUCUGUAACAUCUUAGUUCUUUAUGCACAUCCUCAGAAGCAUUUCCAUUUUCUUCAUAUUGUUCAAGCAUUAACUUCAAAACUCAUUACAAAAAUUGGGCUAAACUUGAUCUUUUCAUCUCCUCUCCAUCAUCUGUCUUGUGACACCAAGCAAUUUCUCAUAAUUGCAAAGGAGACAUGAAACUAGACUCUCUCUCUCCAAUUGUCUGUUUCAUGUAAUAUAAUCUGUCAAUUCAUCAUCAAAGAUAGAUAGAUCGACCCAAGGAAGAGACAAUGCCUUUCAGGUUAGUAUCAGCAUGGAACAAGCGCCGGAGAAGCAAGUCCCAGGAUCAUACUGACCCUUGGAUUUAUAAACCAGCAGCGUAUUGGCAAAUUGAGGAUCAAGCACCACGGCCAACUAAAAGACACCAUGGAUCAUCAGUUUUCACACUGAAGGAGAUGGAGGAGGCAACAUGCUAUUUUAGUGAUGAGAAUCUAUUAGGGAAAGGAGGAUUUGGCCGAGUCUACAAGGGCACUCUGCGAUCUGGAGAGGUUGUUGCAAUCAAGAAAAUGGAGCUGCCACCAUUCAAAGAGGCUGAAGGAGAACGUGAGUUCCGUGUAGAAGUUGAUAUCUUGAGCAGACUGGACCAUCCAAAUCUGGUUUCCUUGAUAGGGUAUUGUGCAGAUGGAAAGCACCGGUUUCUAGUCUACGAAUACAUGCAAAAAGGGAACCUGCAAGAUCACUUAAAUGGUAUUGGGGAAACAAAAAUGGAUUGGCCUUUAAGGCUCAAAGUGGCACUUGGAACAGCCAGGGGACUUGCUUAUCUCCAUUCUAGUUCCGCUGUUGGAAUUCCAAUAGUUCACAGAGAUUUCAAGUCUACCAAUGUUCUUCUAAAUGCCAACAUUGAAGCAAAGAUAUCAGAUUUUGGACUUGCCAAACUAAUGCCAGAGGGUCAGGAGACUUAUGUGACUGCCAGAGUCCUUGGCACAUUUGGCUACUUUGAUCCUGAGUAUACAUCAACAGGAAAACUAACUGUACAAAGUGAUGUUUAUGCAUUUGGAGUCGUUCUUCUAGAGCUUUUGACAGGACGCAGAGCUGUAGACAUAAACCAGGGACCAAAUGAUCAAAACCUUGUAAUCCAGGUUAGACACAUACUGAAUGACCGGAAGAAGUUACAUAAGGUGAUCGAUCCAGAGAUGGCUCGAAGUUCUUACACCAUUGAAUCUAUAGCUAUGUUUGCAAAUCUGGCAUCACGCUGUGUCCGUGUUGAGAGCAGAGAGCGGCCCUCAAUGCCAGAAUGUGUAAAAGAACUCCAACUGAUUUUCUGUACAAAUGCGAAAGGCCUAGGUGUGGCUUUUAGGAUUGGUUGAGGAAUGCGGAUGUUUUACCAGCCGUGAAACUGUAACAUAUCAACAAUAAGGAUCUUCCAAACUAUGACCAAACACUAUUACCAUGGCAAUUUGAUAAGAGGCAGGGAAAAGAAAAAAGGUAUUUGAGUUAUAUAUGAGUCAAAACAGAAGAAAUUUGAGUAGGGUCAUAUUGAGAGUGGUUUCAUGGAAAAAUAACUAUUGGAGAACUGAGAAAACAGAAGUGAUCAUAGUUCUUCAUAUGUUUAGUUGCUUUUUUUUUUUUUAAAUACCUCAGAUGUUUAGUUCUAGUCUAGCAUCAUCAGUUUGUUUGGUAAUGUUUUGCUUAGUGCAGCUAAUUCUAUGCAUUCUAUAGUGUAUAAACACAGUGAAAUAAUAAGUAUUCUGCACCAAAAUAAAUAAGAGAACAAAUAGUGCUCUUUAA